AGGGGCGGGGGUCAGUAGAGUGCUCCCAUAAACGGCUAAACCCUCCCACAAGCAAUUAACAAGGCUCUUUGCCUCUGGAAGAGAAGUCGCAUACGCGUCCACAUCUGCUCGCUCAACACACAUUCUCGUACCCUCCGUUAUACAUCUGUCAAGCGAGCCAUCAUGGUGUCCCACAAGGAAUUUGUGGCUGCUGGGAAGGAGACAGGGCUGCAGGUGUGGCGUAUUGAGAACAUGGACCUGAGGCCAGUCCCCAAGGCCCUACACGGCAACUUUUUCACAGGAGACGCGUACAUCCUCCUCUACACCACCGCAGCCCCCUCCCACUACAUACACAUGUGGAUGGGUGACGAGUGUUCUCAGGAUGAGAGCGGAGCGGCGGCCAUCUUUGCCACGCAGCUGGAUGACUUCCUGGGUGGAGGGCCGGUCCAGUUCAGAGAGGUCCAGAACAAUGAGUCCAUCACCUUCAUGGGCUACUUCAAGUCUGGCAUCAAGUACAAGCAAGGGGGUGUGGCCUCAGGCUUCCAACACGUCGUGACCAAUGACAUGAGUGUGAAGCGCCUGUUGCACAUCAAGGGGAGGCGGGCCAUCCGAGCCACAGAGGUGGCCCUGUCCUGGGCUAGCUUCAACCAGGGAGACUGCUUUAUCGUGGACCUGGGAAAGGAUAUCUACCAGUGGUGUGGCAGUGAGUGUAACCGUUUUGAGCGUCUGAAGGCCUCCCAGGUGGCCAUUGACAUCAGGGACAACGAGAGGAACGGCAGGGCCAAACUCCACAUGGUGGAGGAUGGGGCUGAGCCACAGGCACUUACUGAGGCUCUGGGGCCCAAACCCAGUAUCCCCCCUGGCACACCCGAUGAUGAGAAGGUGGACACCUCCAACAGGAAGAAGGGUGCCCUCUACAUGAUCUCCGAUGCCUCUGGCUCUAUGAAGUCGUCAUCGGUGGCCUCCUCCAGCCCCUUCAAACAGGCCAUGCUGACCGCUGAGGAGUGCUACAUCCUGGACAACGGAGUGGACAAGAACGUCUUCGUAUGGAAAGGACCCAAGGCCAACACAUCGGAACGUAAAGCAGCCAUGUCAGCAGCCCAGAAGUUCAUCAAAGAGAAGGGCUACUCCGAUAAGACACAGAUCCAGGUACUUCCAGCAGGAGGCGAGACCACUCUUUUCAAGCAGUUCUUCAGUGACUGGAAGGACAAGGACCAGACCACAGGUCCCAGUAAGGCCUACAGCAUCGGCCGCAUUGCCAAGGUGGAGCAAGUGCCCUUCGACGCCUCCACCCUCCACUCCAACAAAAACAUGGCCGCCCAGCAUGGCAUGGUGGAUGAUGGUAAAGGCAAAGUCCAGAUCUGGCGUGUUGAGGAUGGUGAUAAAGUGGCUGUGGAUCCCUCCUCCUAUGGCCAGUUCUAUGGAGGAGACUGUUACCUCAUCCUCUACAGCUACAGACUGGGAGGCAGGGAGCAGCACAUCAUCUACACCUGGCAGGGGCUGAAGUGCACCCAGGAUGAGCUGGCAGCCUCUGCCUUCAUGACAGUGAAGCUGGAUGACUCUAUGGGAGGAGCCCCUGUUCAGGUGCGUGUGACCCAGGGCCAGGAACCCCCCCACCUGAUGAGCCUGUUCCAGGGCAAGCCCAUGAUGGUCCACAUUGGAGGAACGUCCCGUAAAGGAGGACAGACGGGCACUGGCAGCACACGACUCUUCCACAUUCGGCAGUCCUCCACCCGCGCUACACGAGCUGUAGAGGUAGAGCCCUCCGCUUCCUUCCUGAAUGCCAAUGACGUGUUUGUGCUCAAAUCUCCCGAUGCCAUGUUUGUGUGGAGGGGGGUGGGCGCCAGCGAGGAGGAAAUGGCCGCCGCCAAGCAUGUGGUGGGCAUCCUGGGUGGCAGUGCCAGUGAUGUGUCUGAGGGCAAGGAGCCAGCUGGGUUCUGGUCUGCCCUUGGAGGAAAGAAGGAGUACCAGACCUCCAAGGGUCUGCAGAACAUGGUCAAACCUCCACGCCUGUUUGGCUGCUCCAACAAGACCGGAUGCCUCAGUGUGGAAGAGGUUCCUGGAGACUUCCAACAGUCUGACCUGGCCACUGAUGAUGUCAUGUUGCUGGACACCUGGGACCAGAUCUUCCUCUGGAUCGGUAACGAUGCGAAUGCGGAAGAGAGGUCUGGAGCACCCAAAAUAGCUAAGGACUAUGUGGACUCAGACCCCUCUGGACGCAGAGGGCUGCCCAUCUCCACCAUCAAACAGGGGGCAGAACCCCCAACCUUCACUGGCUGGUUCCAGGCUUGGGACCCCAAAAUGUGGGAAACAGACCCUCUGGAGAGAAUCCGUGCAGCGUUCUAAAUGCAUAACUCCACCCACCCCCUUACCUAUCUGCCACUUGCCCAUACCCAUUCCCUUGCCACUCCCAUGCACUGCUGUUUGGGAGUUUCUGCCUCUAUUCUGUACCAGUGCAUUGCACCGGUCUGUUACUCUAGCUUGAAAAAAAUGACAUAAUGUUGUCAUUUUUAAAGAUGUAUGAAAUGUCUGCCUAGCAUGUUUUUAAAUUUCCUGUUAGAGCAUAUAUUUGGGAGCCUUCUCACUCCAGUAGGCCUAGUGUUUUGAAUCCAAAAGGUAUUUUUUGCACUUUGUCUUGAUAUGUGAUGCAUGCUGCAUUUUAACAAGAUAAACUACAUGGCCAAAAGUAUGUGGACCUGCUCGUCGAACAUCUCAUUCCAAAAUCAUGGUCAUUAAUAUGGAGUUGGUCCAUGUUUGUCUAUGGAGAUUGUGUGCUCGUUUUGAUACAUCCGUUUUGAUACAUCCGAUUUGAUACAUCCGUCAGCAAUAGGUGUGGCUGAAAUCCACUCAUUUGAACGGUGACCACAUACUUUUGUAAAUGUAGUGUAUCUAACUGAAGAAAUACAUGAUAUCUUUUUUACAUUAUUUUUUGAUUAUUCUGAAAUGCUAUUACAGAUGGCUUUUAAAUAAAUUCCUAGUAUUUUAAA